UUUCCUUUGCAUCGCAUACAAAGGGAAAUUCUGCGUCUUCGCGAUAAAAGUGAAUAGUGUUUUCCCGUUUUCCUCGCAUCCACCGAGUUCCGGUUCUGGUACCCCGUAGUGCGUGAAACCAUCGGCGACACGAUGUCGCUAUCGAGUAUUCUGCCCACCCCGUCCAAUCCCAUCUGGGAUCGCGACGAUGAACGUAAACAUGUCGCCAAGGGGACUCCGUCGAUGGGUGCUCUGGUCAGUGCCAAGAUUGCAGCUCCGCCCUACGGACAGCGGAAGGGAUGGGUUCCCCGUACGGAAGCCGACUUUGGCGAUGGUGGUGCAUUUCCCGAGAUUCACGUAGCUCAGUAUCCGCUGGCGAUGGGUGCUCCAGGGAAUGCACAAAAGAAAUCGAAUGCCCUGGCCGUGCAACUGGAUCAGAAUGGUAAGGUCAAGUACGAUGUCAUCGCUAGACAAGGCCACAGCAAGGACAAGAUUGUCUAUUCGAACAUCAACCAGCUGCUGCCGGCGGAGGUUCUGGCAGAGGAUGCCGAGGAAUUGCAAUUACCAGAUCAGGAAGCGAUUGAUGAAAUCACAGAAAAUACCAGGAAGGCACUGGAGAAGCUGACCAAUCAGAAAAUUGUGUCCGCUAUGCCAGUGAGGGCCGCGGAAAAGCAAGCUCCAGCGCAGUAUAUUCGGUAUACACCCUCACAGCAAGGGGAUGCAUUCAAUUCCGGAGCCAAGCAGCGGGUUAUUCGAAUGGUCGAAGCACAAGUUGAUCCGAUGGAGCCACCCCGUUUCAGGAUCAAUAAGAAAAUUCCUCGGGGACCACCGUCGCCUCCGGCUCCGGUACUGCAUUCACCAACGAGAAAGGUAACCGUGAAGGAGCAACGCGAAUGGAAGGUUCCUCCGUGCAUUUCCAACUGGAAAAACGCCAAGGGUUACACAAUUCCACUGGACAAGCGUCUGGCUGCCGAUGGCCGUGGACUGCAGCAGGUACACAUCAAUGAGAAGUUUGCGAAAAUGGCAGAAGCAUUGUACAUUGCCGAUCGGAAGGCUCGAGAAGCCGUCGAAGCCCGUGCCCAGUUGGAGAAGAAAUUGGCCCAGAAGGAGAAGGAGAAGAAGGAAGACAUGUUGCGGCAGAUGGCUCAACGUGCCCGUGAGGAACGAGCCGGAAUCCGUCACCCAGGGGAAGCUAUUGGUGGCGGUGGUGGUGGUGGUGCUGCCGGCAGCGGUGAUCCCGGAGCAGUUCCAGCGGAUCUGCGUGAACGUGACGAGAUCCGUGCCGAACGCCAUCGGGAACGUGCUCGUGAUCGGAAUUUGGCUCGUGCUGCUCCGGAUAAACGUUCGAAGCUGCAACGGGAACGGGAGCGGGAUAUCUCCGAACAGAUCGCUCUGGGAAUGCCAGCCAAAUCGUCACUCGCCGGGGAGGCACAAUUCGAUCAGCGACUGUUUAAUACUUCCAAAGGUAUGGAUUCUGGCUACGGAGAUGAUGAAGCUUACAACGUGUACGACAAACCGUGGCGUGAAGCCGGUACCUUGGGAACGCAUCUUUACAGACCGAGCAAAGCGUUGGACAACGAUGCCUACGGUGGCGAUUUGGAUCAGAUUAUGAGUACUCAGCGUUUCGUGCCGGAUAAGGAGUUCAGCGGAACGGAUCGUUCGGCUCAGGCCGCCCGCCAGGGACCGGUACAGUUCGAGAAGGAGGAAGAUCCGUUCGGUUUGGAUCAGUUCUUGAACAUGGCCAAGAAGGCACCGAAGCGCAAGGAGGACGCCAUGGCCGGUGGAAGCGGAAGUAGUAAUCGCGAUAAGGACCGCAAGAAGAGACGGGAUUAAAAGGUGGUUAUUUUGGUUUAAUUUUUCCUCCAUUCUUGGCUUGAAUAUUCGGCCUUGUUUGACUCAAUGAUCGAUGUAAGUACUUUCCUGUGGGUAGGAAAACUUGGUUAAGACAUUUAUUUUAUUGAACGUAGAACCCUUACAAAAAUA